GCUACCAGUUGCGCUUUGGAACCGUGGGUGUGUGCGUCGAAGGGUAGCCUGGGUCAAAAAUAAUUCAAGAUGGUCGAAGGCGGAAUGAAAUGUGUCAAGUACCUUAUUUUCUUCUUUAACUUCAUAUUUGUGAUCUCCGGCAUCGCGCUGGUCACGCUGGGGGCCGUCAUCAAGGGCUACUACAACAAGUACCUCGACUUCCUCGGCGAUGGCGUCGUGGGCGCGCCCAUUCUGCUCAUCAUCGUCGGUGUCGUCAUCUUCUUCGUGGCGUUCAUGGGCUGCUGCGGCGCCAUCCGGGAGAGCUACUGCAUGACGAUGACGUUUGCCGUACUGCUGGCACUCAUCUUCAUCCUGGAGCUGGCGGCCGGCAUCACGGCCUACGUGCUGAGGGACGACAUCCGCACCACGCUCAACACAAACAUGCAGGCGACCAUGCAGAACUACGGCAAGGACGACUACGACGGCGUCACCAAGACUUGGGACGGUGUGCAGAUGGAGCUGGACUGCUGCGGUAUCUCCAACUACACCAACUGGGCCAACACGUCGUUCGGCUCUGACGGAGACCGCGUGCCCGACACGUGCUGUCUGAUCUUCUCGACCGGCUGCGGUGCCGGCGUGGCCGUCCUGCCGCAGUCUGAGGCGGCGCAGACGAUCCACACGGCGGGAUGUCUCUACAAGCUGGAGGAGGAGAUGAAGGAGAACAUAGUGGCCGUCGGAGGUGCCGGCGUCGGUGUCGCCUUCCUGCAGAUUCUGGGCGUCAUCCUGGCCUGCUGUCUCAGCAAGAGCAUCAAGAAGGAGUACGAGACCGUGUAGCUGGCGAAGGUGCCGUCUGGAGGCGGCGCGCCGCUCGCCGGCCGCCGCCGUCUGUGGGCGCUGCGCCUCGCGCCAGCACCCGCACCGCGCUGCUCGGGGGGCCACCGUUAAACAACACGUUUAUUUUUGUAGCCUCUGCCUCUGCCGCUGCCUGUCUUUGUCUGUCGGUCUGACUGAAUCUCCGCUGUACCAUACUCUCCGCCGAGCGAUCUGAUGUCUGGAUCUGUCUCCUCGCGCCUCAACUCGCCCCUCCGAUCUGUACGGACCGUGUUUAGAAUGUGUUAGCGACACAGCCGUUCCUAGCGUAGAAGCCAGCCGCGCGCGGUCGCUCGCCCGCACGUGCUCCGCCGUUGGGGACCGUUGUCUGUUGGAGCUGUUUCUGGAUGUCGCGCGCGGACCGCGUUGGGCCGGGGGUGCUCCGUUUCGCGCACAGCGGGCGCCUACUGUUGCUUUCACGCUGGGUCUUUUGACGCCUUUUUGGGGUGUGUUGUGUCGCGCGCGCGAGCGGACCUGUUCUCUUGCCGUCAUCGGCGGGUGUUUCGUAUACGGUCAGCUGCUGGCCGGGAUCCCUGGUGCCGUCUGGGCUAGGGCUGCUGCAUUCGUUUGGUGUUGGCCGUCGUCACCCAGGUGUAACGGGGACGCAUUGCGGGGAUGGCGGGGGGGGGGCGAGUUUGGUGAUGGGACGGUUUGUCAACACUCGUUACGAAAGAUAAUGGUGCUAUCAUUGAAAAAGACGUACGACGCAUGCCAUGAUUAUUCCUAGUGUGUAGCAUGACAGGUAUGAGCUAACGAUUUCCAGUGGAUUUACCCAAUCAAUGACUUACUAUAGUAUCGCUUCGAUCUGUACCUGAAAACCUCAUUUGGCGAUCAUUCAGAGCGGUUUUCUGAGCCAAUGUUAAAAUGUUGAUUCUGGGUCAUAGUACCGAACUAGAUAACUGAGAGCUUUCGUUUGAGCUGCAGAUGUGGUGCUUACUUCCAGACCAUAUGUAAUCCUUCCAUGACAUGCAUGACAUGAUGGCUCAAUUGCAGUCAAUAACAACUGAAGCCGAGAUCGUAUUAACCUCCGAUUUAGGCAUUAUAGCUGUUCGGUGAUGUCAUUUCCAUGGCCGAAUCCACCGUUACCGAGCCCCACCCCACUCCUCCCCUCCCUUCCCCUCGCCUGCCGACUGGCUCCGUUUUUGGAUGGGCGCUGUGUGUGGUGCCAUGCUCGGGGCGCCAAUAAAACUAUAACAAACUCG